AUGAAGGCCGUAGCUCAGCGUGGGAAGGCGUCAGGUGCUGGGAGCGGUAACGGGGACUACCCCAAACCCUUGCAGUGUCGAAACUGGCCGCUCUCCUCGAAUGGAAACCGCGGUCAGGGGAACUACACGCGGGCCGGAGAGGGCGAUGACACCGCCGAUCACGCCUACAGCUCCCUGGAAGUGGACGAGGGGGAACCGAAGCAACCGCGCCGCGCGGGCGGGGAGGAGGCUGAAAACACCGGCCGCACACAUGGCACAGGAGCCGCUGUUGCACCACCUCCACCUGCUGGGCCGCUGAUACGGAAACGCCAUCUGAAACAGUGCCUUAUCGGCACCCUGGUCAUGUCUGCUGUUGUCCUGGCGUCCGUGGCACUGGUCAUCUCACUCAAGCGGCCUGGACACUCAACUGUCGUCAUCCACGUGACUAACUCGUCUGGGAUUGAUGACGUAGCAGCACACCUGAUGGAUGACGUGCAGAAGACAAACGAUGACGUCAGCAAAGCCAACGAGCAUGUCGGGACCCGUCUUGGUCUCAAGGAUUCAACAGAAAGGGCACAAAAGAAGUCUGGACUUCAGAAGCUCACCACCACUCCAGGCCUUCCGCCGCAAGAAAGCCUGGGUCCGCAGGCUUCUCCGGCUGACCAUUUCCUAACCAAUACCAACAUAUCCCUGCCUUACCCUCCGUCCCAACCCCCGGUGAUUGUCGGCCCUGUUGGUACAACCAUGGGGGAAACUGGGAAACCGCAACCAUUCACGAUCGUCGUUAACCCCCAUAAGAGCCCACCACACAUAGACCCCGUGCCACAGAAAUACACCACACUUGCACCCAAGCCUUUCGAACAACACGCUCCCGACACCACACCGCAGCCAAACGCUAACAAACAAACACCCUUCGAUGCAUUGAUUUGUCCUGAAACAGACACGUACAACAUCAAACCUAUCCCGCCAAUGACAAUGCCCCCGAUCCUGUUCCCUACUCCACUCCCCGCCCCCUCUGACACCAUAUCCUCCACUGAGAUGCUGAACAUCACGUGUCAGGAUCAGAGAGAACUUUGGGCGGGAACUGGCAACUUCUCGUCCCCAGAGUACCCUCAGAAGUACCCUCGCUCCCUGUGUAUCACCUGGCGCAUCACUACCGAGCCUGGCAAGUGCAUCACGAUCACAUUCGAGGACUUUUCCGUGGAAGGAAACCUCCUGUGCAUGUACGACAAAGUCUGGGUCAUCACUAACGGUACGAAGCUGUACGGUCCGAUGUGCAGUACCGACGUACCCGAAAGGAGGCGUGGGAGAGAGGUCGAACUGACCUUUGUCUCGGAUGACAGCCUCGGGAAGAGAGGCUUCUUGGUGCAGUACAGCAGUCAGGCAUGGCACGGGCCGGGAUGUGGCUAACGGCUGACAGGAUAUGAUAUUCAAAGGAGUUCUAAACUCCACAAGAGAGUCUUAUUUUCCAAGUCAGAGUGUCUGACAUGGCCUGACAAAAGUUCGGUUACAAAACCAAUUUGAGGGGCGAUGUUAAAAACUCGUCUUGUUUUGUGUUGUCUAGUCAAUUCGCCGUCUUGGUGUGCAAAUCGCCCUCAUUUAUACGUAUAGAAAAUGCUUGGGUGGGGUUUAGUGAGUGAUCCAAACACACCUCGUGUGAUUCACCACAAGUGAAAUUCUGCCAAAGGCUGCUGAUUGUGUAUUCAUUGACACAUAAUCUAUUGGACAAUAGCACUCUCUUCUAGAGUUUAACACCCCUUUAACACCAGUGCAAUGGCCUUGUUGCCAUGGUCUUGCAUUUGGCACAUAGGUCCUGGGAUCUAUACCCGGUCUAGUCAUACCAGAGACUUAGUACACACUUCUUUCUCUGCUUAGCACUCAACAUUCGGGAAAACAGUACGGUAGUUGAAACCACCAUUACGAGUGCACUCGUCCCCCGCUCUUGUGAUUGAAAAAAAAGUUGUGUGGCCUAAGGGCGGAGAUGAGCGCCACCCUAUGGUGUGGAAAUGACAUUGCACUAUACUGCUUCAUUUCUAAUGUUCAGGAGAAGGGAUAUGUUUUCCCAACAAUCCCCAAGAGCAAUAACAAAGUUACAGCAGAUGACAACAACAAUAAUAAACCAUUUGGCUCGCCCCUGAGGCGUCGC